CUGAACAACAAAAACAAUCAACGAAAAUGGAAACUGGACCAAAUGCAGAAAUUGAGCUUUUGGAGCGCGUCCUGUUGCGUCUGGGAAAUGCGGACUCGGACGAGAAGCUGGGUGCCACAGUGGGCAAGUUCCUGACCCCAGUGAUCCUCAAAAUGAACUCCCCCCACAAUACGGUGCGCAACAAGGUCGUUGAAGUGCUCACCCACAUUAAGAGACGCCUCUCAUCGCGAGGACAGGUCCAGAUUCCCGUGGAGGCACUGCUGGAUCAGUAUGCCGCCAAGGAGAGCAGCACGUUCCUCAAGAACUUCGCCAUAAUCUUCAUCGCCAUGGGAUUUCCGCGUCUGCCACUCGAGGAGCAGACUGCGCUUGCUAGCAAACUGGUAGGAUGCGAGGACAAGCUAGAGAGCUACCAGGACAAGCUUUUUGCCCUGCUGCUGCCCAUACUGUCCGACAUGAAGAUACCCGACGAUCCAGCGCAGCGAGCGAAGCUUUUGGAUCUGCAAGACAAGCCGGGAAUCAGUGUGAACUUCUUGAACUUGCUGCAGGACGUGCUUUUACUGCCGUACGGUAUUACCCAGGAACAGGAUGUUCCUCCAGGACUCAGUCCCUAUAGUUUUAAGCGCAUCAUCACCAACAAUUGGCGGGCAGAGGAGCUGGAGAAAGUCAAGAAGGGUAUAGUUCGUUUUCUGUGCGCCAGUGUCUUCAGCGAUGUGCAGAUCUUCGUGCCCCUAGUCGUUGCCUCGGCUGACACCCGCUUUAGCGUGGCCACACCAGCGAUCGCGGAGUUGAGCAAGCUCUGUACCAUGCUGGACUUCAGUAAUCCAGCGGUGACCGCCCCCUUGUACACUCUGUUCGCCGGCAAUCAGAACAAGUUGAUUGACCGCCAAACACGACCAUGCUGCGCUCGAGUGCGUCAAAAGCUGCUGCAGUACCUAAUCAAGUGUCGCGGCAAGAGCAUUAACGUAAGCAAGGGCCUACAGGUGAUCUUCGAUGGCUUGUUCGGAACAAACACCAACCAAAAGUGCAAAGUGCUGGCGCUGCAGUUUGUGGAACUGGUUCUCAGGGAUGGUCCACGCGAGUUGGUCUCUAAGGUAUCUAAGGUUAUACUCACUGGCAUCACCAAAGUCAUUGGUCGCGACUCCACCGAACCGAAUGAUGUGCAGAAUGCGGCAUAUUCUGCUCUGGCUCAACAUGCGCGCAGUUUCCCGCAGGACGUAAGCCAGGAUCUGAAGCUGGUCCUAGGAUACUUCAAUAACCUGGCAAGCUGUGCGCCGGAAUUGCAUUCCUCUAUCAGGGAAGCAUUAGUUUCCAUGGCUCCGGCAUUCGCCUGGAAGACAAAGGAGAAGAGCGAUGCAAUGGAGGUAGAUGAGGAUACCGAUCCCUCCACCGUAAAGUUGGACGGCCAACAGCAUCUACUGUUGGCCAUGCUGCUGGACAAUGCCGAGUCCAAGAUACAGAUCGUGCAGAACGUGACCAGUGUGUUCUUGACCAGCUGUUACCCGGAGUAUUAUGCACCAGCCAGAUACCUGUUGCUACUCAUCGCAGGCGAGCGCAAUUCUCUGCGAGAGAAUGUGACCACUUUUUUGUAUGGAACCUCAAAAAAGGAUCACGUAAACUACAAUAUGCUCUCCUCCAUUGAGCAGGCAGAAAACCGCAUAAACAGCGAAUCUAUUAGCGACUUCAAUCACCUGUCCCUAGAACAGCGACGAGUGGUGCUGCCCAGCUUUCAGGUGAUGAUGGCGCACGUUCACGAGAUGGCCAACAAACGACUGAAAAAGAGCACUUCCUGCGUGGUAGUUGGACGCACCAAACUACCCUACAGUCUGGAGGUCUACGAGGAGCUGCUUGAUUAUCUACGCCUGUGCCUCUGGUAUUCGGCUGGUGUUGUGGCGGCUCCCGGCGACGAGAAGUACACCAACGAGUUGCGCAAGUACAUCACUCUGCAUUACGAGGAAGCGGAGGACAACGCUCUGCAUCAGUAUGUGCAGUUUGUUCAGCGAAGUGUGGAGGCCAAGAGAAGUGACUCCAAUCUUGUCUGCCUUUAUGACCUUCUGAACGCGGCUCCGGAAUUGUUUGCUGCAAAGCAACUUCAUCUGCUGGAGCCUCUUGGCAACACUUUGAAAGAUGUCUCCGAGAGUAUGCGCAUCAACGUGGCCCAAGUCUACGCUAUUCUGUGGGCUUUCGGUCUAACCGACGAAAAGUUCGACGAGGAAGUGGGUGACUGCUUGAACAGCCUUACACAAAAGACAUUGGAGCACAAGCAUGGCUGGCUUCUGGUGGUGGGCCACACAUUCAAUCGGAAGAUUGUUAUGCUCAAGCAGGCAAACAAAUCCAAAGACUUUGCCGCCUGGCCGCAGUUUGUUAAUGCGGUGAAGAUAAUCUCAAAAACCCUCUGUGAGUCGCAAUGGCUUCUUGUGUCGGCGGCCGUAAAAUGCAUCUCCAUGAUCGGCAAGACGGUGGAGAUUCCAAAUGUCCCAGUGGAGAUUCAAGUCCCUACCAACGAUGGAGACGACGACGAGGAAAUGACGGAAUACACGAGCAUUGAUUCUUCCACCAAGCUGGUUAUCUUUGGAGUUGUCUUUCAAUUGUUACGCAGCUCCUCGGCGCGUCAAAAGAUACGUGAGGAGUCAGCCAGAUGUCUGGGAUACUUGGCCAUCGGCGAUGGUGAGCACUUCACCAAGCGCAACCUGGAUAAGUUUCUUACCCUGGCCAAGGUGCAAAAGGAUGCUGCUCUGAACAUAGCGAUUUCGGAAGCUAUUGUAAACACCCUCUGUGGCUAUGAUGUUAACAAGGGGCAACCGGAUGAGAAGUUUGUCAAUAAGCAUUGUACUGACGGGGACUUUGAGCAGUUCUUAAACUCGCUAAUACGCCUUGUCACCGAACCCAAUCCUCACUCCCGCCAGGCAAUUUCAGUAUGGCUUCUAGCCGUGGUGAAGCAUUGCAGCAAACGUCCGGCUGUGUUGGCCAAAAAAGAGCUGUUGCAGUUUGCAUUUACCGAACUUCUUUCGGACGAUAGCGAAUUUGUGCAGGAUGUGGCUUCACGCGGCUUGGGACUCGUCUACUCUCUGUCGGAUUCCGGCAGCCAAACCGAUUUGGCCAAUUCGCUUUUGGAUCAGCUCAUUGGUGGAAAGCGUAAAGUAAAUCAGGUGUCCGCGGAUACUGAACUCUUUGCGGAGGGAAUGCUCGGCAAGACGCCCACGGGAGGCAACAUCACAACCUAUAAGGAGCUUUGCUCCCUGGCUUCAGAUCUCAAUCAGCCGGACAUGAUCUACCAGUUCAUGCAACUUGCCAAUCACAAUGCUACUUGGACUAGCAAACUGGGGGCUGCCUUUGGAUUGAAAACCCUUUCCGCUGAGUCCAGGCAAAAGAUGCAGCCCUACCUGGGCAGGAUUAUACCCCGUCUGUAUCGCUACAAGUACGAUCCUACGCCCAAGAUCCAAAACUCGAUGAUCUCGAUUUGGGACACAAUUGUGAGCGACUCGAAAGAAGUGACUGAACGCUAUUACUGGGAAAUUAUGCGUGAGCUGUUGGACAAUCUCACCUAUAAGGAGUGGCGUGUGCGCAUUGCCUGCUGCCUGGCAGUCAGGGAUCUUCUAAAGCGGCCGAACGGGCUGAAGCUGCGCUCUGAGGAGCUGGGCCGCCGUGUUCCCGCACCCAACAGCAUGGAGGUCGACGAGGUGCCUGAGCCGGAGCUGAAAGAGCUGUGGGUGCAGUUAUUCCGUGUGAUGGACGACAUUCAUGAAGGCACGAGGGUCACGGCCCACGGAACUGCCUCCUUCCUGGGCAAGCUGUGCGUUAUCGCCUCGUCCUCGGAUCAUGGGAAAUCAGGAACAGCAGUGGCAUCCUCGACUCUUCCUUUUCUUCUGGAAACCGGAGUGGGUCACAAGGUGGCCGAGAUCCGCAAAGUGAGCAUCAAAACCAUCUCGGACAUGAUUGACUCCUCGGGGGAGCUCAUUGCUCCGCAUCUCGUCACCCUGAUUCCCUGUCUGCUGCGCGCCACUGGCGAGUUGGAGAAUACAAAGCUCUCCUACGUUUCCACUCGCUUGGGGGCGGACAACGAGGCCCAGGAGGCGGUGGAUACGCUUCGGGCGGAGGCUGCCAAGUCACACCACACAAUGGAAACCAUUGGCAAGUGCGUGCGCUACAUCGACUAUCCAGUGCUGGAGAAGAUGACCCCCGAAGUGCUGGAGCUGAUGAAGUCUAGUGUGAAUCUCGGAACAAAAAUUGGUUGUGCUCAUUUUGUGUGUCUGAUAAGCAUCCGUUUGGGCAAGGAGAUGACCCCGGUGGUAGGCAAGUACAUUCGCGCCUGCUUUGUGGGCAUCAAGGAUCGCAAUGCCACCGUGCGCAAGUACAACGCCAGUGCAAUUGGACACCUUUUGGGCUUGGCCAAGGAGCAAUCGAUUAAGAGCCUGUUUGCCAAGCUGGACGAGCUGUAUGCUGAGCAGCCUGGUAACCGCUCCAUUGCCCUGACCAUUCAGUCUAUUAACAAGCGUCACCACGAACUGCUCAAGGACUACAUGGACAGCAUGAUUCCGCUGAUCUUCUUUGCCAUGCAUGAAGAGGUCAGCGAGGAAACCAGGGCAAAUGUUGAGCUGUGGAAGGAUUUGUGGAACGAUGUCAGCCCAGGGGAUGCGGGCAUCCGACUCAAUCUGAAUGUGAUUAUUCCCAAACUGGAGACGUCUCUUACCGAUGCGAGUUGGUCACGAAAGGCUCAGGCAGCGAAUGCCAUCCAGACCAUCGCCACUCGACUAAGCAGCUCUUUAGAUGAACCCGAUCGGAUCAAACUCAUUAAGCUGCUGCUCUGCGGCUUGCAAGGCCGAACUUUUGAGGGCAAGGAGCGUCUGCUGCAAGCGUUGGCCGGACUCACCAAAGGAUUAGAUCGAAGCCACCAAAUCUGCUCCAGCAUCAUCGAUGCGGCCAUGAGGGAGGCGAGGAAGCGGGAACCCGUUUAUCGCACCAUGGCCCUCGCAUCUCUGGGCGAAAUCCUCGAUCAACUGGAGGCUGACCGCUUUGAGGAGGUGUACAACAUGAGCUGGAACCUUCUGGAGAAGAAAGAGCUGCGCAAGGAGUCCGACGACGAGGAUGAGCCUAGCACCAGCCAGGAGCUGAGUGCCGACGAGCGCAACAAGAGGGCUCAAACACUAAACCGACUGAAGGAGGUGGUCUGGGAGACAUUGGGCAAGUCGUGGCCACGUCACUCCAUCGAGACGCAGCAUCGCUACCAGCUCUUCUUCGCCGAGAACUGCACCAGCAUUCUGGCGGAGAGUACUCGCCCGGUGCAGGUCAGUCUGUUGGCAGCCCUCACCAAGUACAUCGAAAGGUUGCACGUCUUCGAUGAGUCAGCUCAGCUGCCCGACCUGCCGCAAAUAAACCAGGAGAAGAAGAUCAAGACGGAGGCGCCGGCGCCGCAAACCCGCGAAGCCAUCGUGGAGAAGAUCUGCAAGGAUGUUCUGGCUGCAGUGGCUCUGGCCGCCGGAGUUCCUCACACUGGCCUCAAAAAGGAGGCCCUCAACAUCGUUCUCAUGCUGAUCAAGCGCUUGAGUGGAGCCACUAACCAACAGCCGCUGCAGCUGAUCAAGGAGAGCUUUGAAUCGAAUUUGGAAAAGUUCCAGCGUGAUUCGGCGCCGGAAAUCCGCUGUCGCAUUAAGGACAUCGAGGAAAAGCUGACCAAGUUUAGCUCGGGGAAUUGAGUUGCAGAGAAGUAAGAAUUUCAGUUGCAUGUGGCCAAAAAUCCUGAUUGGGGUAGACCUUAGAUAAGGGGUAAGAAAGGAAAUAAAACAUCUAUCUUUGGCUGAAAUUAAUAUA